UGGUUCAGAUGUUCAUUUUUUCGUGGGGAAAGCAAAGAGGAUUCUGUCGCCGCCAUGGAAACGGUGGAAGAAGGACUAAAUUUACCUACAAUAGCUCCAAAUCGGAUAGAGUCUCUAGAAUUCGUGGAAGAGGACGCAGAAGAUCGAAUUAGUGCGUUGCCAGACGGCUUGAUUCAUGAAAUCCUCUCUUGUUUACCCUCCACAAAAUGCGCCAUUAAAACAGGUACUCUCUCCAAACGAUGGAAUCAUCUCUGGAAUUUGGUUCCUACUCUAAUUUUCGAAGAUGCUGAUGAUAAUCAUGAUUUCAUUUCGUUCGUCGACAAAGCCCUAACUCAAUGUCGCCAAUCGAAGCUCAAGAAAUUCGUACUGUAUACCGCUUAUGAUAUUCGAUUUGAAUCUCAAUUCAGCAAUUGGAUUGGUUAUGCCAUGAACUGUAACGUUGAAGAACUUAAUUUAACAUUAUGGAAUACGGAUCUCAAAGCAGAGUUUCUAUUAGAUCAUUCUUUUUUCGACAGGUCAAGUUUUACUGAUCUCACAUUAGAAGGCUGCAUCUUUGAUCCAAUUGGGGCAAUCAGUUGGAAAAAUCUCAGGACUUUAUGUAUUACAUUUGGGAAGUUAGAUGAAGAUCUGAUUAAAAACAUAUUACAUGGUAGCCCUCAAUUGGAAACCUUUGAAUUGAAUUAUUGUUAUGGCUAUAGAAGGCUCGAUAUUGCUUCAAAGAGCGUUAAGAAGUUGGUGUUAUCUGGAUACAUGGUUCCUUAUGAUAAAUUUGAAGCUGAUAUCAUCGAACUCAAUGCUCCCAAUAUAUCAUCACUAACAAUCCAAGAUGAAUUGUUGUUGUUGAAGCUUUUGUUGCUAAAUGUGUCUUCUUUAGUUGAAGCUAACAUAGAUUAUAGAAACAGCGAGACAACACCUGAAGAAGCGAAGGAAGAGAUGCUUAAAGGAUUUAUAUUAAACCUUCGCCAUGUUAAGGAGCUUAAAAUUGGGGGUUUCUGUUCUGAGGUUGUGUCUCGUUUGGAAGCAAAAGGUUUCAUUUUUCCAUCAAAUGUGAAGUUUGCUUCAUCAUGAUCCUAAAUGCAAAGAAGAUAAUUGAUUGGUGAUAAUUUGAAUUAUGUUUAGGCUAUAAAUUGUUUUAAGGCAUUCCAAAUGUAUGCAAGUUUGUUACCCCAUGUGAUUUGAAUUGAACAUUUCUUGUGUUAAUCGUUAAAAGCUAAUUGUUGGCAAUGUAAAAAAUAUAUAUUCUUGGCUCAUAAGCUUUUAUUAUGAAAAAAAAACACCGAAUCAAUUUUUUCUUAAAUUGAUUGUCAAA